AUGGAGGAACCUCAUCUUUUGAAAAGUCUACUUCAGCUGCAGCUCGGUUCCGAUGCUUCCGCGGUCUUGCAUCUCCCCUUCGUGCUGGAAACCAUUAACCCGGACAUCCUCUCUCCCUCUCCCCAUACGCACAAAUGGACAGCCAGGAUUAACUAUUUACUGCACUCCAAGGAUGCUGGAGCACGGUGGGCUGGUCUAUCCCUUGCCCUCCGGACGGCAAUUUGCUCCAAAGCGAUGAUGAUGGAAUGUGCGCAAAGUUGGCUUGGUGUUGCGUUGCCCUCACUCUCAAAAGAAGAACCUCAACCUACGUUGAAAGCCUCCAUCAGGCUAUUGAGACGCAUAUUUUCCAGUGCCACAGACGUCACAGAGUUUCAACGCCAACUCUGCGUCCCUAACAUGCCAAAAUUCACCGCUGCACUGGUAGCACUGGAUGAGAAGCAGAGCGAUGCUGAAGUCUUAGCAUUGGCGACCCUCACGCAUUUAAUUCCUCUGUAUCCUACUCUUCAUCGCAGUUUGCAUGCAUCACUAUCCUCGCUGGCUCUAAAGCAUCUCAAUGGCUCGACACCGAAUCCAACUCCGGUCGCUCUCGUAGAGGCUGCGUCAAAACUGUACUCGACUCUGCACGUCACAGGAGGCAAGGUCGGUGCGACGAGCCUUUGGCGCAAGUCGUUGGACGAGACUCUGUCGUUCGCAUGGGGUGCAUUCUUCAACUUGAGAAGAACAUUCCCUUCAGCAGGGAAUAGCCAAGUCAUUCCUCAGGCUGGGCCAUCAACAAAUGACCCUGUUAUUCUGGUUCCUCUGAGCUUAGACCGCCUGCGAGCCGCUUCCCGUGUUCUCUGCGAUUUAUUGCACUCUUCGACGGCACGGCCUGUCUUGCUUCCAGUUGGGUCAUUAGUCAAUUUCGUUGCGGCGUUGCUGCGCUGUAGUCCCGACGAAAGGGUCGAAGCGACGGUGGAUCCUCCCUUGCGCGCCAUGGAGGUCUCUGUUAUACCUGUUAUAUGGGAAUUAGCUUGUGACCUCAUCAUCAGUCUUACUGGAAGUGCACGUCUUCAUCUGGUCCCGCAUCUCAGUCAAUUACUCUCUCAUCUAUCCUAUCACCUAGAGCAACCUCGGACAGCACGUCAACGCUUGCAUUUCUUGAGAGCAACGGCGUCGUUGCUGCAGACGGAGUCUUACCUCUACGAUGCAGUGCUCUCGUCGCGUUUGGCGCGGGCCAUCCUGCCAUUCCUCACCCCUCUGCUGGCGACCAAGACUCAGCAAAAAGGAAGUUCAAGUACUGACACCAGCAAAAGCACGGGCAAAAGAGGCAAGAAGAGGGCGCGCGGCUACGAAGGUGACGAAGUAUUCAAGGUGGCAAUGGAAAUUAUCUGUCCUACAGCCGAGGAGGGGGAGGUUCUGCUGGUCGCUGCAGAUGCGGUCAAGCUAGUAUUUCGAGUUGCCCAAAUAACCCCUCCGGUCCGCUCGCUUGUCACCCGCGUCCUUCUCGCGAUAUACAUUGCGCUGCCGCACAUGCAGCCCGCGCUCAUAUCUCCCGAUUUGUCCCUACACGGCAGACUGUACGCGCGCGUACGUGAUAUAUGCGGGGACCUCGCAUCAGGCAAUAGCAGCACGAUGAGCAAGAGCCUCGGUCUUGUCAUCGGGACCAUGUCGCCUGACUAUCACCACCCGUGUGGCGCGGACGUCAUGCGUGACAUUGAGCUACUUCUGCAUCCCCGCGUUCCCCCUCUCGUCCGAUCUUUGCCGCACGUAGAAACGCUAUCGCUGUUCCGCGAGGAAGAAGGCGAGGAAGAGCUGUCUGCACGCCAGUCUCUGGGAUUGAGCACGGCAAAUGACACUCUGCCUUUGGCGUCGGCGGAUGAACAGGACGUGCAAAUGACAAUUACCGCACCGGUGUCCCGUCCUGAGGCAGCCUUUCAGGAUACGGCACAAGCUUCCAGCCGUCCAUUGCACACUGCGCCCUCCGAUCGCAGUGCACUGACGCCCGCCACAGGCACAGCUCCUCAAUUCAUCAAGCAGUUCGUUGCAGCUACUCCGACACCCUGGACUCCCGGGGGGCAUGCCACUGUCACUACUCAAAAUUCACAAAGUGAUGCGCCUCUAAUGCAUCCGCAACAGUUCGAUGCAUCGCCUCCCCAGGACGACAUUCCGGCAACCCCGGAGGUACAGUCAAAAACGCCCGGUGUCUCCUCGACUUUAUCGUCGGAGCAAACCCGUGCCAUCCCGCCACCGACUUCAAUCCCCCCUGUAUCGUCAACAUCACAGGGUUUUGUGGCGACGCACGAAAAUGAAGAAGACGAGCCGAUGCCCAGUAUCAACAUGGACUCGGAUUCGGAUGAGGAGAGCUAG